CGCAAGAACUCGCACGUUCCACGAGGAAGACUUAGUUUCAAUCAGCAUCACCAAACCUUUUACCAUGUCGGACUUCCAAAAUGUGGCCACCAUUUACGGCAGAUGGUUGGAGGCCGUCAGUCAUCGGGACUGGGCCACCGCCUCAAACCAUAUCGCCUCGGAACUGAUUCGCAACGAUGAGACAAUCUCAAGUAUCACAUUUCUUCAAGACUUGCAGAAGAGAGCAGAAGCCAUUCCAGAUAUCAAGACAGAGAUCUUUAUGGUUGUCGCCGACAAAACCUCUGGAAAGAUUGCUUCGAUAAUCACUCAUAGAGGCACCCUAGUCAAGCCCUACAAAGGCUUUGAGGUGACUCGCGAGCAAAUUGAGUGGUCGGAGUAUGUCUUUUGCGAGUUCAACAACGAGAAGAUGGACUCAUAUACGAGUUUGUCAGAUUGUGAUACGGUUGGAAAUACCAGCACUCACAUGUCGAACCCACCCACCUCAAAUCGAAUAAUCAACGGGAAGAGCGAUCUUGGCCUUGAGAUUCUUUAUCAACAAUACAUUCACGCCAUCAACACUCUCACGAUGGCGGAACACUUCCCCAGUUACUGCCAGGCGCAGGUAGUUCACAACGGCAGACGUCUGUCCAUGGACGAGUACCGCGGCUUCAUCGAAUCCAGCUUCGACGAAAUUCAAGGGCUGCGGUUCACGAUUGCCAAGUUGGUGGCAGACGAGGAGGCGCAGCGGAUAGCAGCAAGGCUGGAGUUCUCAGGGCGGCCCGUUACCGAAUUCCGGGGUAUUCAGCCCACUGGGAACGAGGUCGAAUUUUCCGAGCACGUAUUGUAUGAGCUUGAUGACGGAAAGAUUGCGAGAGUUUGGUCCGUGCUUGAUUUGGAGGCUUAUCGAGCAAGCUUGGAGGAUUGAGGUGCAGGUAGAAGCUAGACUUGCUUGCAUUAUUUGAUGGUAUUAAAAUGUCGAUGACGGACUGCUAUAAACUAGACAAAAAUACUAGAGAUUCUGAGGUGGAAUCAAAC